CUCCGACGACCAAAUUUAAAAUUUAAUAUGUCUAGUAAAUUCUUUUCAGCAAUUCUUUGAGCCCUAAAUCUUCAGUAAUUUUGUUUGAGCAACCAAAAAUGGACGAUUUUCCGAUCGACAAGAUCCAAAUUUCCGGCGCCUGUCUAGCCUCCCUUCUCCACCGCGCCUCCUCCGCCGUCGGCGACUCCCACGGGUAUCUCUUCGGCCACGCCGCCGUCUCCACCUCAAAUCCCCUUUCCGACCACCCCACCUCCACCGCUCCCACCUCACUUCUCAUCACCACCAUCACCUCCUUCCUCUCUCUCCCCUCCCAUCUCCCUCUCCCGCCACCGCCGCCCUCCUCCUCCACCUGCCUUCUCGGCUGGUUCUCCGCCCGUCGCAAAACCCCUCUCCGCCCCUCCCUGAACGACUCCACCGCCUCCCUCUCUCUCUCCUCCUCCCCCCUCCUCGCAAUUACCCCCCAAAAUUCAACCCUCUCCCUUUCCCCUUCUCUCUUCCUCCUAAUCACCACGCCAUUUCACGAUCAGCUGAUCCACACACACGAAUACAAGGCGUUUCAAUUCAGAGGCGGCUCCUUCGAUCCUAAAAGCUUGUCGAUUGUCAACAUCGGGCCCUCGUUUAGGUCGCAGUAUGAUUCGUUCAGCCCUAAUUUGCAGCUUCCGAUGAUGAAUAGCGAUUUGAAGGGUCCGAAUGCGAUGGUGGAGGAUGAAAUUGAUGAGAGUUUGGCUGGGAAGCGUGAUCAAUUGAGGAAUCAGAAACAGCUGGAUUUGUGCGCGGAAGGGUUUGAAAUUGGGCGGGUGAGUAAAUUGAUGAGCUCUGAGGCGGCAUACACGGCGGAGAUGGAGGAUUUGUAUGAUAAAAUGCUGGCCAAGAUUGAUACCUUGUCGAAAUUGGUGGAGCACUCGAAUGCUAAAGUUCUUGAUCAGGAGAAUCGUAAUAUGAGAUUGAGGAGCAGAGUUGCUGGUUUGGAAUGAGACCUGUUUUCAUAGUUGAGAUUGCCUGGGAAACUCAAGGAGGAUGAACCUUCUGUUGAAGUGUGUCUAUUGUUGCUGCUUGCUUUUGGACCACCCUGGAUGAAACUCUUACCUGUCUCUGCUCCCCUUUAAAUGUAUGUUAAUCAUGGUGUUUCUGUAAUGUACUUGAAUUCUGUGAUUUAAAUCAGAAAAUCAAAAUAUUAGUGCGUAUUUGAUGUA